UCUAAAAUUUCAGCAACUUAACCUUAAUUGCACAUUUAUGACUUGCCCUCUGAUUGGACAGUGACUUCACUUCCCACCAAAAGGGUGUGGUGGGCUAUCUUUUCGCUUCCAUGAUAGGACAAAAUCCUUGAUAAAUGAGAGAGAGAAAGAGAGAGCGAAAGGGCAUUGGUGUUUUUGCAGCAAUUCUGUGCCUCCAAUUUUUACAGUGCGACCAAACCAAAAGUCCAAAAACAAAGAGGAGAGAAAGAUGAAGCCUUAGAGAAGUGUAAAAGAAGAGGGAAAAAAGGCACACAAAAACAUAACACACACACUCACUCAUAACAUAAACACAAAACAAAAAUGUUUGAUGGAGUACCAGAUCAGCUUCAGCAAUUCAUAGCCUCAGCAGCAGCAGCAAGAACCAGAACUCAUCUCCCUCUCCCUCUCUCAUUCCCUUCUCUCCAUAAUCUUGCUUCUUCGAAUGGUUUCACUCCCUUUGACCCUUUGUUCACUUCAAACAACUCUCAUCAUCACCAAGUACCCCCUCAGCUGCAGCAACCUCACUUUUUGCACCCAUUGCACCACCAGCAUCAACCUUGCCAGAAGAAUAAUGAAGAGAAAGAUGAGAACACCAGCUUGGUAGGUAUGAACAUGGAGAUUGAAAGAGAGAGAUCCAUGGCUGAUGAACCGAUUGAUACUCAUCAACCUUGGUCUAAUGAUGAAGUUCUUGCACUGUUGAGGAUCAGAUCUAGCAUGGAAAAUUGGUUUCCAGAAUUCACUUGGGAACAUGUCUCAAGAAAGUUGGCAGAGCUUGGGUUCAAGAGGAGAGCAGAGAAAUGCAAAGAGAAAUUUGAAGAAGAAAGCAGAUAUUUUAACAGCAUCAAUUGUAGCAAAAACUACAGGAUAUUUAGUGAACUUGAAGACCUUUGUCAAGGUGAGAAUCCUCCUUUGUCUCAACCUCAUCAUCAUCAUAUCCAGCAGGUUGUUGCAGCUGAAAAGAACAAAAAUGUGGAAAAGUCAAGGGAAAAUGAAGACAAUAUGGGUCAGAAUUUGGAAGGUGAUUCAAGAAAUAUUGAUGAAUAUCAAACUUCAGCAGGAAAUAAUGCAUCAGAUCAGGAUAAUGAAAAAGUGGUUGAGAACAAAGCAAAUAAUAACAAGAUCAACAUCAGCAACAAGAAGAGGAAAAGACAGAAGAAAUUUGAGAUGCUCAAAGGGUUUUGUGAAGAUAUUGUGAACAAGUUGAUGAAUCAACAGGAAGAGAUGCAUAGUAAACUUCUUGAAGAUAUGGUGAAGAGAGAUGAAGAGAAAGUUGCAAGAGAAGAAGCUUGGAAGAAACAAGAGCUGGAUAGGCUUAAACAGGAGCUUGAACUUAGAGCAAAAGAACAAGCUAUUGCAGGUGAUAGACAGGCCACCAUAAUCAAAUUCUUGAGUAAAUUUUCAUCAACUGGUUCAUCUAAAAAGCAAUGUUUUGGAAGGAGUAACGAAGAUCUUGUCAAGGUAACAAAUGAAUAUUCAAAUCCUCCUAGUACUUCAUCUUCUUUAGUGCCACCACUAAACCCUAAUCCUACUGUCAAUAACCAAAACAAAGUAGAUCAAGUUUCUACCACUACUUCAUCUACCAUGAUCCUUGGUCAUCAAAAUUCUGGUUCUUGUACAACACAAAACAAUCAAAUCAAACCCACUUCCAUGACAGAAACCCAAGCCCCUGAAAACCCUAAUCCAAAAACACCCACUUCAUCAAAACUAGCCCUAGCUCCCCAAAACCCUAAUUCUGUCAAUGCUCAAAGCAACCCAUUAUCACCCACUUCACCAUUGACAGUAAAGAAAGCUCCCCAAAACCCUCCAUCCAAUGACAAAGAAGACCCGGGACAGAGAUGGCCAAGAGAUGAGGUGUUGACAUUGAUAAAUCUGAGGUGCAGUCUUUAUAACAAUGGUGAUCAUAACAAGGAAGGAGCAGUUAUAAAAGCUCCUUUAUGGGAAAGAAUCUCUCAAGGGAUGUUAGAGUUGGGGUAUAAGAGAAGUGCAAAGAGGUGCAAAGAGAAAUGGGAGAACAUAAACAAGUACUUCAGAAAAACCAAAGAUGUUAACAAGAAGAGGUCCCUUGACUCUAGGACAUGUCCAUAUUUUCAUCAAUUAAGUACUUUGUACAAUCAAGGAGCACUUAUAGCACCCUCUGAAGGGCCGGAAAACCACUUGGAUUUGCCAGAAACCGGUAUUGAUUCAUCUCAAAAAGGAGCUAAGGAUUCAACUCUGAAUGUUUCUGAAGGUGACACAAACAUGGUUCAAUUACCAGCUUUUGAAUUUGAAUUCUGAAUCACAUUGCAUUUUUGUGUGUAUGUUAAUUGAAUUACUACUAGUUUA